CAGGCGGAAGGCGGGGAGGGGGCGUGUCAGGGCUGACUCUCGGGCUGCGUGGGGCUCUAGGGAGCUGUGGGACUCGGGCCUAGGGGCUAAGAGCUAGCGGUCCUGCGGCCUCGGCGGCCGGGUGCAGGAAGAUGGCGGCACGAUGGAGCAGCGAGAACGUGGUGGUGGAGUUUCGGGACUCCCAGGCAACUGCAAUGUCCGUGGACUGUCUGGGGCAGCACGCAGUGCUUUCUGGACGCAGGUUCCUAUACAUCGUCAAUCUAGAUGCCCCCUUUGAAGGUCACCGAAAGAUCUCUCGCCAGAGCAAAUGGGACAUUGGAGCCGUGCAGUGGAAUCCUCAUGACAGCUUUGCACACUAUUUUGCAGCCUCGAGUAACCAACGGGUCGACCUUUAUAAAUGGAAAGACGGCAGUGGGGAAGUGGGCACAACCUUGCAAGGCCAUACUCGUGUAAUCAGCGACUUGGAUUGGGCUGUGUUCGAGCCAGAUCUCCUGGUUACCAGCUCUGUGGACACCUACAUCUACAUAUGGGAUAUCAAAGACACCAGGAAACCUACCGUGGCACUAUCUGCUGUGGCGGGUGCCUCCCAGGUCAAAUGGAAUAAAAAAAGUGCUAACUGCCUUGCCACCAGCCAUGAUGGUGAUGUGCGGAUAUGGGAUAAGAGGAAACCCAGUACAGCAGUGGAGUACUUAGCAGCCCACCUCUCCAAAAUCCAUGGCCUGGACUGGCACCCAGACAGUGAGCACAUUCUUGCUACCUCCAGUCAAGACAACUCUGUCAAGUUCUGGGAUUACCGCCAGCCUCGGAAAUACCUCAAUAUUCUCCCUUGCCAGGUGCCUGUCUGGAAGGCCAGAUACACGCCUUUCAGCAAUGGAUUAGUGACGGUGAUGGUUCCCCAGCUGCGGAGGGAAAACAGCCUCCUCCUGUGGAAUGUCUUUGACUUGAACACCCCAGUUCACACCUUUGUGGGGCAUGAUGAUGUGGUGCUGGAGUUCCAGUGGAGGAAACAGAAGGAAGGGUCCAAGGACUACCAGCUGGUUACGUGGUCCCGGGAUCAGACCUUGAGAAUGUGGCGGGUAGAUUCCCAGAUGCAGAGGACCUCCAUCUCCUGUCCUUUGUUGCAGCUUUGUGCAAAUGACAUUCUAGAUGGUGUCGAUGAGUUCAUUGAGAGCAUUUCUCUUCUGCCGGAGCCAGAGAAGACCCUGCACACCCAAGACGCAGACCAGCAGCACAACUCAAGCCACGGGGAGGAAGAAGCCUUAAAGGAAGAUCCCCCUAGCUGUGUCCUGGAAGAGAGGAAAUCAGAUCAACUGGGCCUCCCUCAGACCCUGCAGCAGGAGUUCUCCCUGAUCAAUGUGCAAAUCCGGAACGUCAAUGUGGAGAUGGACGCAGCGGACAGGAGCUGCACAGUGUCCGUGCACUGUAGCGGCCAUCGCGUCAAGAUGCUGGUGAAGUUCCCCGCGCAGUACCCCAACAACGCCGCCCCUUCCUUCCAGUUUGUCAACCCUACAACCAUUACGUCUACCAUGAAAGCUAAGCUGCUAAAGAUUCUCAAGGACACCUCCCUGCAAAAGGUGAAACGCAACCAGAGCUGCCUGGAGCCCUGCCUGCGCCAGCUCGUCUCCUGCCUCGAGUCCUUUGUGAACCAGGAAGACAGCGCCUCCAGCAACCCGUUUGCGCUCCCAAACUCCGUCACACCCCCCUUGCCAACGUUUGCGCGGGUGACCCCUGCCUAUGGGUCCUACCAGGAUGCCAAUAUCCCCUUCCCCAGGACCUCUGGGGCCAGGUUCUGCGGAGCAGGUUAUCUGGUGUAUUUCACAAGGCCCAUGACGAUGCAUCGGGCAGUGUCUCCGACAGAGCCUACCCCAAGGUCUCUCUCAGCCUUGUCUGCUUAUCAUACUGGCUUGAUUGCACCAAUGAAGAUCCGCACAGAGGCCCCUGGGAACCUCCGUUUAUACAGCGGGAGCCCUACCCGCAGCGAGAAAGAACAGGUCUCCAUCAGCUCCUUCUACUACAAGGAGCGGAUGUCUCCUCGCUCUGCCCGGCGACGUUGGUCCAUACAAGCAAUUAACGACUUCCCGAAAUCACGGCGGUGGAAAAGUAAGCGUGAGGGGUCGGACUCUGGCAAUCGGCAGAUCAAAGCGGCCGGGAAGGUCAUCAUCCAGGACAUCACGUGCCUCCUUCCUGUUCACAAAUCCCUGGGAGAACUGUACAUAUUGAACGUGAAUGAUAUUCAGGAAACAUGUCAGAAGAACGCCACUUCGGCCUUGCUUGUGGGAAGAAAGGAUCUGGUCCAGGUCUGGUCCCUGGCUACGGUAGCUACAGAUCUUUGCCUUGGUCCAAAGUCUGAUCCAGAUCUGGAAACACCCUGGGCUCGGCAUCCAUUCGGUCGACAGCUGCUGGAGUCCCUCUUGGCCCAUUAUUGCCGGCUCCGGGAUGUGCAGACGCUGGCCAUGCUCUGCAGCGUGUUUGAAGCCCAGUCUCGGCCCCAGGGAAUACCAAACCCCUUUGGGCCUUUUCCUAACCGUUCCUCUAAUCUUGUGGUGUCCCACAGUCGAUACCCCAGCUUUACCUCCUCUGGCUCCUGCUCCAGCAUGUCAGACCCAGGGCCCAACACUGGUGGCUGGAACAUAGCGGGAAGAGAGGCAGAACAUAUAUCAUCACCCUGGGGAGAGUCUUCCCCAGAGGAACUCCGCUUUGGCAGUCUGACCUACAGUGAUCCUCGGGAGCGAGAACGGGACCAGCAUGACAGAAAUAAAAGGCUUUUGGACCCUGCCAAUACCCAGCAGUUCGACGACUUUAAGAAAUGCUAUGGGGAAAUUCUCUACCGCUGGGGUCUGAGGGAGAAACGAGCUGAAGUAUUGAAGUUUGUCUCCUGUCCUCCUGAUCCUCACAAAGGGAUUGAGUUUGGCGUGUACUGCAGCCACUGCCGGAGUGAGGUCCGCGGCACGCAGUGUGCCAUCUGCAAAGGCUUCACAUUCCAGUGUGCCAUCUGCCACGUGGCCGUGCGGGGAUCAUCCAAUUUCUGCCUGACCUGCGGGCACGGUGGCCACACCAGUCACAUGAUGGAGUGGUUUCGGACCCAGGAGGUGUGUCCCACGGGCUGUGGGUGCCACUGCCUGCUCGAAAGCACUUUCUGAACCUACAGACUGUGGGAAUUGUCAGAAAUCCUAGAGGACCCCAAUGGUGACAAGCCCUCUGCUGUAAUCAAGGUGCUAGAACUUGGGUGUAUCCCUAGUGGGACAGAGGUGUGCUCCACUCAGAGCCUGCACAGCAUCAGCCUUCCUCGGGCCUUUGCUUCCUCGUGGCUGUCUGGCUGGCGUGGACACACCAUAGGAAGAUGAGCCCACAGGUGUGCAGCCGCACGUCACGUGUUGUCUGUGUCAGCUGAGCUCCCACGGUGGAGAGAAGCACCUUUAAGGAGUGUGAGCCUUACCCCAUAAAGGCUCUCCUGAUGCCAAUGCACACACCAGAGUCAGAUGCAAAAGACUCCAUCUGAGCCCCGGGACAGUGGAUAUUUAAUUGACAAGCAGGACUUUGACCCCAUGGCUUUAGAGCUUGGUACUUGCUGAGCUGAUGGACAGUGGCCUUCAAAGAUAUGACACUUUAAUUGUAAAUAUGUGAUGUACCUAAGGAUUCUUAAAAUGUAUUUUUUUUGUUUGUUAUUUCGCCUCCAGCUGCUGUUCCUGGGCCAAUAAAAUU